AUGGUCCAUCUCAAGGGUGCUAUACCAUAUCCUUUGGAACAUCGACACGGUCUAUCUCCCCUUGCAAACCGUGCCGAAUUUCUAAUGGCUUUGUGUGGGGUUAGGGUUACUCUGAUGAAGUCAAAAGAACUCAAAGUCUUGCCCAAAAGAAAACCAAAUGUCUUACUCAUAAUGCAUAAUGACUUAAUUCAUUGGUUUGUUCUCCUGAGUGGCAUGACACUUCGUACUUCUCGACCAAACUAUGUUAAUGCUCAAGAAAAUCCAACGACAAGAUGUCGUAUCUUGAGGCCAAGUUAUACCAGAACUGUGUUAAAUCCAGUUAGGGUGGCAUGGGAGCAUCCAAACUCAAUGCUGGGAUUCGAAGGAAAACCAGCAAAGGAGAUAAGCGAAGAUUUUCGUUUGGCACCCGAACCUUGA